ACAGCUCUGCAGCAGGAUUACUGGGGCUGUGAAUACUUGUGCCACCUGGAUGCCCAUUUCUACAGCAUGCUGAGGUUUAUGGCUGGUGCAUGUGUUGUCAUAAAUAGGUUUUCAUGAUUUAGGUCAGAAGUUUUCCUUCAGCAGAUAUGUCUCGGCAUUGCAAAGUGUGGCGAAAUCCAUCGAUAGCUGAUCAGCUUCCCUGGAUUUCGCUGACGACCUUCCGUUUUUUUGCCUGAAGAUGGAAACGCUGGAGUCGGAACUGACCUGUCCAAUUUGUCUGGAGCUCUUCGAGGACCCGCUGCUCUUGCCCUGUGCUCAUAGCCUUUGUUUCAACUGUGCCCAUCGUAUCCUAGUCUCACACUGCACGCCCAGCGAGCCAAUUCAGUCCAUCAGCGCCUUUCAGUGUCCAACCUGUCGCUAUGUCAUCACUCUCAACCAGAGGGGCCUAGAGGGACUCAAACGCAACGUCACAUUACAGAACAUCAUUGACCGAUACCAGAAAGCUUCUCUAAGCGGACCUAAUUCUCCUAACGAAACUCGGCGUGAGCGUGCCGCCCCCGACAGCAAAGCCAUGACUUCUCCCGGUGACCGAGUGCAGUGCCAGUUCUGUGAGCAGGACCCUCCGCAGGACGCUGUGAAGACCUGCAUCACCUGUGAGGUGUCAUACUGCGACGAGUGUCUCAAGGCCACUCACCCCAACAAGAAGCCUUUCACGGGCCACCGUCUAAUCGAGCCCUUGCUGGACUCCCAUGUGCGAGGGCUCAUGUGUCUGGAGCAUGAGGAUGAGAAGGUCAACAUGUACUGUGUGACAGAUGAACAGUUGAUCUGUGCAUUGUGUAAACUGGUUGGCCGACACCGGGACCACCACGUCGCAGCCCUCGGAGACCGAUUUGACAAACUCAAGCACGCUUUGGAUUCCAACCUCAGCAGUCUAAUCAAGAGGACCAGUGAGUUGGAAAGUCUUAUGGGCAAACUUAUCCAAACCUGCCAGCAUGUGGAGGUAAAUGCGUCGCGACAAGAAAACAAGCUGCUGGAGGAGUGUGAUCUGCUGAUAAAUAUCAUACAGCAGCGAAGACAAAUCAUAGCUACCAAGAUAAAGGAUGGAAAGUCUGUGCGGCUGAGGAAACUAGCCCAGCAGAUAGCCAGCUGCAAGCAGUGCAUCGAGAGGUCCUCCUCCCUCAUCACUCAGGCCGACCACACUCUCAAGGAGACGGACCAAACACGCUUCCUCCAAACGGCUAAAAGCACCUGUGAGAGAGUUACUAUGGCAACGGCCUCCUCUCAAAUCCUGUUACCAGAAAUGAACCUGAAUGACACCUUUGAUACUUUUGCUUUGGACUUUACGAGGGAGAAGAAAAUGCUAGAAACCUUGGAUUACCUCACAGUACCGAAUCCACCAGUAAUCCGUGAGGAAUUAUGUACAGCUUCGUAUGACACGAUCACGGUUCACUGGACAUCAGAGGAUGAAUUCUCUGUUGUAUCAUAUGAACUUCAGUACGCCAUCUUCACCAGCCAAUCCAAUGUUGUCAGUUUGUGUAACUCUGCUGACAGCUGGAUGAUUGUACCAAACAUCAAGCAAAAUCACUACACCGUGCACGGGCUCCAGUGUGGCACCAAGUAUAUUUUCAUACUGAAGGCCAUAAACCAGGCUGGAAGCCGCAGCAGUGAACCAGGGAAACUCAAGACCAACAGUCAACCAUUCAAGUUGGACCCAAAGUCUGCUCACCGGAAGCUGAGGGUGUCUCAUGACAACCUGACGGUGGAGAGAGAUGAGACGUCUUCCAAGAAGAGCCACAGCCAGGACCGCUUCUCCAGCCACAGCAGCUACGGUGUCACGGGAAAUGUCUACAUCGACAGCGGCCGCCAUUACUGGGAAGCUCUGAUAGGAGGAAGCUCAUGGUUUGCAGUGGGCAUUGCAUACAAGUCAGCCCCAAAACAAGAGUGGGUUGGCAAAAACUCCGCCUCCUGGGUGCUGUCUCGAUGCAACAACUCGUGGGUGGUGCGUCACAACAGUAAGGAGAUGCCCAUCGAGCCUUCACCCCACCUGCGUCGUCUCGGAGUGCUGUUGGACUAUGACUCUGGAUCUCUGUCUUUCUACGACGCUGUUGGCUCUCAGCACUUGCAUAGAUUUGAUAUCUCCUUUGCUCAGCCAGUCUGCCCCGUGUUCAACGUGUGGAACAGGUGUUUAACAGUCCUCACUGGACUGCCCAUCCCAGAUCACUUAGAGGGGACAGACUACAACAACUGACACAACCUGUGCAGAUGCAUUUUGUUUGUUUACCCAAAAAGAUGCCAGACUGCCUGCAGCUCAUUGACUGUGAUGCCCACGAACUGUCGACAAAAUAAAAACGGUAACCGAACCAGAUGCAAUUAAUAGCCCAGGUGUACAUUCCUAAUCAAGCCUACGUUGACAUGAAUCGUAAUUAUUUAAGAAAUCAUUUACAAGCAUCUGUAGAUGUAUUUCUUUGCUUUGCACAUGUAUGUACAUUACACUGCUGGAUGGUUUUAAGGGUUUGCUUACAGUUUGAAAUUCAUGUUCAAAUAGGCUGCAGAAUUAUUUUCUUUUUCAAAGUUCAUAUUACACACAUUUCCAUUCACGUGUUAAGGGUGAUGAUAAACCUUUAUGUGUAAGUGACAAGCGGACUCUCCCACUCUUAUGUUUCUGGAAGGUUGUUUUAUUGGCUGUUUUAAAUGUAAUGAAAGAUGUUUUAAGUCAUAGCACUUUGAGAAGUUGUCACUAUAAAAUGUAUUCCUAAGCCACUUGUACCGUAAUGCAAAUGUUUCCUUUUUUAAGGAAAAAGCACUUAAAUAGAUCAGAUAACAAAACAAAAAAAACAGUUUUACACUUUAAUUCAGCAAUAUCCAAAUAUUUAUUAUCUGUAAAUGUGCAAGUACAGCUCAGCAUUCAUCACAAUUUUCACAUUAAAGUUUCUUUCAGACAAGAUGUAAUAAAAGUGACUUCAUUUGAUUACCUGUGUGAUUUGUCCUCCUCGUUACAGCAUGCUAAAAUUGUGUCUCAGUAAGAUGAUAAUUUAAUACGCUGUGCACUUGUUUACACUCAUUUGUAUUUGAUCUCUCAUUAAGGCUUGAACAAGCUCUCCCAACACCACAGUGAAAAGAAAACAACAGCACCAGCAUAGAGAACACUGUCAGUCUUACUUUACAGGACACACAUCGACCCACACUGAGCCAAAAUACAACUUUUGACAAGAUUUGCUUUGACAUCUCUUUUUGUUCUGGAGUAACGUGGCUUGAAUUCGGCAGCAUCCCCUUUCAACUAAAGUAGACAAGAGCAAAAAAGGAGAAAAAAAACUGAACUCUGUGUGACCUUCUCAUGAGACACCCUGCAGACAGAGCUUUAAUAUGUGAACACCACCUCCUCUAUGUUAUGCCACCAGGAUGUUGUUGGUUUUUGCGAUGCAGUUGUUUGUAAAAUAAUAAAUAAAUUUGUGU